AUGGAAGGUCCCCGUUCACGAAAUUGUUGCUGUACAGAUGAAGACAUCCCGACCGACCAUGAUUCAGGAUAUGGUGGAUCAAGGAAUCCAAGCCAUGUAUCGAAUUCCGAAAGUCAAUCUGGUCUUGAUGAUCAAUUGACUACGUCGCGUUCUAGCUCUCGAGCUCGAGCUCAACCUCGACCUCAGCCUACCCCUCCCAGUGAUUCUGUAACACAACAGGCCACGAUUCGGCCUAUUGCAAAGUCAAUUGACGAGCAAACUGCGAAGCGUGCUAGUGAUGUGAUCGAACAACUCAGCGGCCUCCUAGCAGAAUGUAUGCUCAAGUCAAGAAAACGGAAAUACUUGUCAAGAUCAAAGCGACAACUACCUGCCAUGUCGAUAAGACCUGUCAUGCUUGGAACUUCAAUCGAAGAUGCCAAAGUCUGCCUUGUCAUUUUUUGUUCCGACGAGGAUGGCGCGCAUGAUACAAUUCGGAAGUUCUUGCGCAAGUCUUAUGUAAAGGACCUCUACCAGCCCAACGACAGUUCUAUGUGCUCAUUUGACGUACAUAUUUUUGGUUCAUCACCAACCACAAAAUCUGGUCCUGAAGUCGGCAUCCCAAGAUCAGAAGAUAUGACUUUUACUCAUUGUGGAAUGCCGAUUCGCAUCGCUACUGAAGGUUUCGAUAAAGACACUAUUGUGGCAACGAUGGGCGGUCUACUGCAGUUUGAUGCGCCACGGUGGGUAGACAGUUCAUAUCGUGUCUAUGGGUUGACUGUUGCUCACGCUAUAUAUCCCGAGAUAAAUUGCGAUGUCAGCGAUGAUGACAACGAUUUCUCUAUGUCGGAUGACGACAGUGACGAAGACAAUGAGGAUUCUUCAAACAGCUCUGAUACUUCAUGUCCAACCUCACUUCCUCAAGUUGACUGGGGUGUAUCAAUUGAAGCAGAACAAACAACGAGACCAGGAAUUCCUCAUCCAUCUCUAUCGCGUUCCGUCAUUGGGCAACCCAUUGCAUACUCAUCCCUGAGUGACACUGCAGCCUAUAGGGACUGGGCACUAUUCAAGUUUCCGACAUGGGAGAUCCCAUUGGAGCCCAACAUGCUAGUGGUAGAAGGAAAACCUCCAGCUCUGCUCAAAAUGCCCUCGUCUCUGCUUGACGUUUCUAGCAGUCGAUCAGUAUAUAUCAUCACAGGAUUCUCGGGCGUAAUGGACGCAACGAUCUCCUGUGGUCUGAGCCAAAUCCUACUACAGCCUGGGACCCAGUUUGUAAGAGCAUACAUCGUGGAACUGAGUAACAGCACAGACAUUGUAGAAGGAGAUUCUGGAUCCUGGGUAGUUGAUGCUUCGACUUUGGAAGUUUAUGGUCACAUUGUUGCGACAGACAUGCUCUCAUGCUGCUAUGUCAUCCCUUUGGUCGAUAUCAUUGAGGACAUCAAGCUAGAAGAAACGCAAGUUUCCAAAUUGAAGGACAUUUCUAUCGACUUUCCUUCUUUACAGCCACCUAACAGCCAGUGGGCAGAGAAACUAGUUGUCCGGAAUAACGAUGACGAGGUAGGGCAUUCUCAACUCUUCAAUUCAUAUGAAAUGCCACCCGACGAUAGAAAGUCUAACAUUACGAAGUGGAAUCCAUCUGUGUGGAAUAUGUCACUAUCAGAUACGAUUUCCAAGUCAGACGAUUAG